AUUGUUCGGUUGGCGGAUGAACACAUUUUCAGUUUACAACAAGUAAAAAACAGUAACUAAAAACUACGGGGUACGCGUACCCGCAACCGGUCUGUGCAGGCUUUUGUUGUUCAGUUCGCCCGCGGUUGGUCGGUUUUCGUUCGUUUGUGAAGUUGUUCCUAUUGUUUUGAGCACGUGAAGUUGUUUGAGAAAUGUUUAGAACGCCAAUAAUUUCUGUUUCGUGUUGAAAUGAAUGGUUGAUUUUUAGGUAGGAUGCUUUGCUGCCGUGCUGUGGCGAUUUUAAUUCCAUACCAAUCGCAGUACACAUGGUGUGUAAAAUGAAAUAGCAUCGAAGAAUGCUAUUCUGUUUAAUGAUUAGCAACAAGGUAGUGUACCUUCAAAUCGUUGAACGCUGACCUGAUCAGCAGCGGUAGAAGCAGUAACAGCAGCACAACCAUCAGCAGAAACCCGUUCCGAAUCUCUCCACUGAGUUGAGGCGUUAGUUCAUCGACGGGAAAGUGUAUGGUUUGGUGCCGAACACACAAAGCAUUGCUCCCGUUUCGGAAAUCCGCGGCCAAACCGGAAGACAGCCACCCAAUACAUAUUGGGGGCGACAGGCUCUAGCAGCCAGCCUCCACCCUGAUCCAGUGCUCUGAUCGUUUCGCCUGCACACGCAACCGGCUCGUUAAGGGCGCACCGGAAAUAUUCGGUGCUGUAAGGAAGGCAUAGCCGCGGGGGCUGAAACUCGUGAAACGGUGAAGGUGUGCGAGUUUCACGCAUCCGGAGAAGAAGAAGAAGAAGAAGACACAAGAACAAAAGGGUCGUACACGAAGCACGUCGUAGCCACCUAUGGUGCAGAGCGGUUCGGUAACGCGACGCAACGACGCAAGGUCCCAACGCACUCGCCAGACUGUAGACGCGAGUGACGAAUACCUCAGAUCGGCCUAGCAGGCAGCCAGCAAGUGAGUGAUCAUCAACGCACGGGCGCGCAUCGUUCAACCUCAUCUCUGGCCGACGUUAAAGCAACGAGAACGGCAAAAUGCCGGACGACGAUAAGGAAUCCUCGGUGCGGGUGGCCGUCAGAAUUCGUCCACAGAUACCGCGUGAGCUAAUCGAUAUGUGCCGGGUGUGCACGCAGGUCACACCCGGCGAGCCGCAGGUUUUCCUUGGGUCCGAUAAGGCCUUCACCUUCGACUAUGUGUUCGAUAUGAGCACAACACAGGUUUCCAUUUACAACAGUUGUAUUGAAAAAUUGGUGGAUGGUGCCCUGAAAGGCUACAAUGCAACAGUGCUGGCGUACGGACAGACUGGCUCAGGGAAAACAUACACGAUGGGAACGGGGUUCGAUCGAGCGAUACCGGAGAUCCAGGAGGGCAUAAUCCCCCGCGCAGUACGGCAUCUGUUCGAGGGUAUCACCCAGCUACAACAGAACCCAUACGACGAAGACGGUACCUAUCUGGGUCCGGUAACGUUCACCGUGGAGGCCCAGUUCAUGGAGCUGUACAAUGAGGAAAUCAUCGAUCUGCUCAAUCCUUACAAUAAGGGUGGCCGUGUGUUUAAAAUUUUCGAAGAUGCCAGUGGUGGUAUUGCAGUGGCCGGUGCGACGAAAAAACCACUGACGGGACCACAGGAAGCGUUGAACUGUCUACAGCAGGGUGCCCUCGCCCGUACCACUGCCUCGACGCAGAUGAACGAACAAUCAUCCCGCAGCCAUGCACUGUUUACAAUACUUAUCCGCCGACAGCGCGUCCUCUCACCAGAACAGUGCGACAACAUCGAAGGCGACACGGAAACGCUUACAUCCAAGUUUCAUUUCGUCGAUCUGGCCGGUUCGGAGCGACUGAAGCGUACUGGAGCUACGGGUGAGCGAGCCCGUGAAGGAAUCUCAAUCAACUGCGGCCUGCUGGCAUUGGGUAAUGUCAUAUCGGCGCUGGGUGACAAGACGAAGAAAGUGUCUCAUGUACCCUACCGGGACUCGAAGCUGACGCGACUGCUGCAAGAUUCGCUCGGAGGAAACAGUCAAACGAUCAUGAUUGCUUGUGUAUCGCCGAGUGAUCGUGAUUUUAUGGAGACACUUAAUACCUUAAAGUACGCUAAUCGGGCGCGUAACAUUAAGAACAAGGUACAGGUUAAUCAGGAUCAAAGCUCGCGCAUUAUCUCGCAGUUACGCCGCGAGAUUGCCAGUUUACAGCUGGAAAUGUUGGAAUAUAAACAGGGUAAACGAAGUAUAGAUGACGAAGGGAACACGGCAGUGUCGGAUGUAUCGCUGGAGAACGAAAUACUCUUGCAAGACAAUAAACGGCUGCAGCAGCGUGUUAAAGCGAUGCAGGACACGAUAGACGCGCUGACAGAACGAAACGCUAGCUUGAAAGCACAGCUUAGGCCCUUGCCUUACGUGUCGUCCUCUGUGACGGAGGAUGGUAAUAUGACUCAAAGUAGUAAAAAGGAGGAAAGCUCUAACAUGACCUCGAGUGGUGGCGACUCUCCAAUGCAGGAGAUGGUAGCCGCAUACAUUUUGGAGAUUGAAAAAUUGAACGCCAAACUAAUCGAAUCGCAGCAAAUGUGCCAGCAACUGAAAAAGGCGCAAACGUCCCAGUCGAAGCUGAGGUCCAAUUUCCCCUUCCUGGAGGAGGAAACGGAAACGGUAAUUAAUCUGGCGAAGCGUGAACUGGAAAAGGAACGAGAGGUAUUGAUGUCGCGCUCGCUACCGGGUCUAGAAAAUGAGGGCAGCUUGGAGCAGGAAUCGGACAGUAACUCAGAUACGGAGUCGGAUGAUAAAGCAGAGGAGUUGCGAGCUGAAAUGCUCGAAGUUAACUCGGACAUUGCGCUCAAGUCGAAGCUGAUCGAACAGUUGGAACUCUCGCAACAGCGAUUGCAAACAAUGCGCCAGCAGUACGAGGAGAAGUUGAACGUUCUAAAUGCCAAAAUAACAAACACCCAGCGGGAACGAGAUCAGAUACUAGCGAACAUGACCGGAGGAGGUCUUGCAGCCUCCAAUAAUAUCAAGGGUGGCAACGGUCCGAAUAAUGAUGCUGCGGUAAAGCGCGUGAAGGAGGAUUUCGAAAGAAAGCUUUCUGAGAUGCAACGUGAGCUAAAGAAGCUACAGUCGGCACAACGGGAACAUGUUCGUAAGCAGCGUGAAAUGCAGGCACAGGAAGCACGGCUGAAAACGUUACGCAGUGAGCUAGAGGAGCUAAAGCAGGUCCGAAACCGGCUACAGCGUAAGAUGACGGAGGAAAACCACCGGCACAAGGAGAUGGAGAGUCGCAAGACGCGUGAAAUCGCGAAACUGCGCAAGGAAAGCAUGAAACUGGCGGGUGAAGUAAAGUCUCUGCAGGCUCAGGGUCUUGCCCGGGAUCAGGUGCUAAAGCGUAAGACCGAGGAAGUGACGAAUCUGCGGCGUACACAGCGUGGUCAACUGAGCUUGAAAGCGGCUGGCAGGGUGAAUCCACAGCGUGCGGCUGGCAUGCAGAGCAGUAAGAGCAUAAAGGUGAAGUGGGAAGCGCUACAGCGAACCAUUAUGCGGGCUGCACGCAGUCGACAGACGGUCGUUGAGCUGGAGCUAGAGUUAGAUCGAGUCAUUCAGGAGCGCAAUAUGUUGAGCCGGGAUCUGAUGAAUCUCCGACAGCGCAAGAAGGACGGAGCGGAGUCUUCGUUACAUGAUCUUAUUUCGGAGGAAGAUACGAUCAUAGCCAACUUAAAUUACUUCCAUGAUACGAUUGGCAAUCUGCAUAACUCGAUCAUCCAAAUGGAAGAAAACAAGGACGUAUCAUCGGAGCAGGAAAUGCUGCAAAAUAUAACGAACAAUAUUGCCUCCGUGGAGGAAGCCAAGUUCUUGUUGCAACGGCUGUGCCAGACAACGAUCGGUCACGUUUGCGAAGCGGGUCUCAAUCAGGCGCGACUGCGCGAACGAGAAGCACUAUUGAAUGAACUGCAACAGGAUAGCAGCGUACAGGAGCAGCUCUUGCAAUACAUCCUCGAGCGGGCGCCGGCUGCUGCUACUUCCGACGCAAGCUUCAGUUCAGCUCAGUCUGCCAAUUCCUAUGCACAGUCCUCCAAUUCGAACGGUGUCACUGCACAAGUGCCUGAUAUUCAACAACCGUCCUCCUCACAGCAACGAACGCAUGUGAUUGACUCUACCACAAGAAGUCCAUCUCCGAGUGCAAGUAACACCGAGCUCGAUACAUUUGUCACCUACAGGAAUUCCUCGAAACAAAGACGAAAUCCCGCCGUGGUGCCUUCGGUGGCUACCAUUCAGGAUUUGCUGUACGGCAGCAGCUCUGGGUACGUCGGUCCUGCUGGUAACGGUAACAGUGUUGUUAGUGGUGGAGGUAGUGGAAUAUCGGACCCACCGGUAACCUACCGUGGUUCCUCCUCUACCUAUACCAACAGCACCCCCAGCAGUCAGCCGGCUAAUGGUGCCGACGUAGCCCAGGGCGGCGGUGACGGCAGUAAGCUUGAGAAAGUGGGUAUUUGUAUUUAUCUCGAGGAUUCCGGAGAUGACGAUGACACGAAGCACCCCUCCCUACAGGAACGGCAACAACAGCAUCACCACGACAUUAUGUCUCGCUCGUACACUGUGCUGGGUGGUGCUACGGAUGCAGCUGCGGCCGCUAAUGCCGGCCUACCGACCGCACCGCCAUCAUUACCCACUCGCACCUUCGUUCCGCUUUCACGCGUUCCCAGUGCACCCGGUUCCCUGAAAGGUCUUCAACCACACCAGAGCAUAUCACGACAGAACAGUACGGCGUCGCCACUCCUUGCGAGAAAAUCGUUCGAUACGAGCGGUGCCCCCUCUUCGCCUCGUAUAAGCCGUCGGACGUUCCCUAGCAAGGUAUCACCGGGCAUCGAGGACGAGGUGCCAACAUCACCGCCAGUGUACCGGCGUGGCAUAUCUCGCGAGGACAAUGGUGAUGUCUUUUCGCGGCUUGGCGCUGGCACUCAGGAUCCUCUCCCAGGUGGAAAUAUCAAGGAGCUCAAUGGAAAGAGUAGAGCUGGCCUACCCCUCAUAUGUACUCAUGUGGUUGAAGGACAUACCAACUCGGUGCUGUCGAUAAAGGUGUGCAACGAUACACUUUUCACGGCGGCAGCCGAUCGUACUGUGAAGGUAUGGGAUUUACGUUCCAGUUCGACUCCUCACUGUUUAACCGGUCACCUUGGGCCGGUUGCGGCGGUCGAAUAUGAUCAGACGAAUAAUCUGCUGUUCUCAGCGUCGGGUGCAUUCGUUAAAGUGUGGGAUCUGCGCAACAGUAACGUUCGACCUAUCAUUACACUCUGCUCUUCCGGCACAACACUGCCAGCCAGUGCAUCUCUGUCCGAUCUGGUACCAGGCGAAUGCUCCAUCACAGCCCUUACAAUAGGUGCAUCUGGGAAACUGUACACAGCCGCCUCGGAUAAGGUUCGCUUCUGGGAUCUGCGUCAAUUUGCCUGCCUUGGUCGGCUAUCAGGAGGACAUCAGGCAGCGGUCAUGUGUUUGACUGCAUGGGAAGGUCCAAACAGUACGGAUUUGGUGGCGACCGGUUCGAAAGACCACUAUGUGAAAGUGUUUGAGGUGAAUGCAAGCGGAGGUGUAGUACAGCCACUCCUGCACCUUGAACCACCGCACUACGACGGAGUGCAGGCGCUAGCCGUCGCAAACGAUGCAAUUGGUGUCGAUGCGGAGUUGUUUUCCGGGAGUCGCGACUCCGGGAUCAAAAGGUGGGAUCUGCGGAACGGAGAGCUCAAGCAGUCGCUCAACAACGCCCACAAGGGCUGGGUGUCCGGGAUGGCCAUCUAUGGUGAUAUUUUGCUAUCUAGCUGUCGUGGUGGCGUUAUUCGCUUAUGGAAUAUCAAAACUUGUGAGAGUUUGGCCGAAAUGAAAACCGAACAGUCAAUCAACGACAUCGUGACCAGCGAUAAUCGCGUGUUUACCGCUUCCAAUUCGGGAGAAGUGCGCAUCUGGAGAUUUGCUACCAACGACUUGGACUCCCUGGGCAACAGCUUGGUCGGCAGUGGAGCAACCUCUAGUGGCAACAUCAGUACUACUACUUCUACCGCUGCUGCUGGUAUUGCUGCCGGUAGCAGCAAAAUUAAACGCUAAUCUCUUGUGUUAACCUAUAUUUCAACCGCUAUCAUGUGCUUACUCUAUGGCUUAUGGUCAAUCUAUGUACUAUUAACCGAUGUAUGGGUUUCUAUCAAGUGAUAAUCCAUUAGGAAAAUCAUAGUGACACUUCACUUACUCCUCAUGAUUGGCUACGAUUACGCGCUAGUUUGCUGUAGGCAACUAAAAAAAGCAAUUUGAGUCUGGCAUUUUUAAUGUAGAGUCGAGCAGUAUGGUAUGCCAAGCAUUUCAACCGAAGCCAGGGAUACGAGAAGACUUUAGAAAUGUAGGAUAUAGACUUCUGGAUUGUUAGUAGUCUGUUGUAUUGGCCUUCAUAAACAUAAUCUCUUUGGACUAUUAUGAUCGUCUUUGCACCGCAUACCAUAAUAUUGGGCUUAAAAAACAGUAGUAUGUAUGACUAGGAGAAAAGCACAAACACAGGACACCGCAGGCAAUGAGUGUGGAAAUGCAUAUCCUGUAGGACUGAAGUAUGAAGAAAAGGAUUAGCUUGUAGGAAAGAUAUGGAAAUUGAUUGAGCUCAUUGUCCACCGCCAAAGCUCACUUGAAUAAGUCUGAAACUGGUAAGUGAUACAAUGAGAUUGGAAGGCUUUGGAGGAGAAGCACUCAUUCAACCAAACAGAGACCGAAUAACUGAGCACUUUGUUAGGCUCGUUAAUGCCAGUUCGUCCCUAACAUCGUGUACGAAGCUGUAUUUUCGGGUAUUCUGUUUUACUAGUGCAUUCGUCGGCCAGAUACUGAUAAGCAUAUAUUAUUGUUUCGUUAAGGCAAUGGGCAAAAGUAACACUCUGGAUGAUGGCACUGAUCUGGACACUGCAGUUGGUGGUGUUCUUCUUCUGUCCGCUGAGCUGUGAGCACAGGACGUGGGGUCUGCUGUGACUCCGCGCUAGCGGUUCACAAGGAGAGCCAUCAAUGAGCGCUAUGGGCCAAGAUGAUUCCGUGCAAUGAACUAUAAUUUUUUGUUUUAAUUGGAAUCAGCAACUUGGGUAUGACGGAAAGGUUCGCCUGUGGCGUGUUUCAUCGGCCAUACGGCGGCUAGGGUCGGAUAGUAUAUGACGCCAACGCACGGAAGCUAUGCCCGAACACAGCAACAGGAUGUUUCACAGACAGAGCAGCUUGCGCAAUGCACCUUGGACGGAGCCCUCCUUCUACGGUGGAACCUCCGAAUUAGCUCGGUCGCCACCCAGUACCUAUAACAGAAUGGCAGCAUUCUUACCAUGUCCAGCAUCAUCAUCAUCAUCUUCAUCACCAUCACCAUCACCAUCAUCAUAUAUCGCCAAGACCUCAUCGUCAGUAUUUACACCAAAGGCAUUCGCUUCCGUGCCUAUAGCUUUCAGUAAACCAGUAGUGCCCAACGGUUCGUCGAUGACCAACUCUGCCUCCGUGGCAUCAACUCGAAAUGCGAGCUCGCUGCGAAAUAGCCG